CGGAAGUCUCCGUGUCAGACCUUCGGUGUGUCAUCCGAUCGGCGAGUGGAGGACUGUGCAGUGCUUGCCACACGAAACCCUCCCGCGGGGUUUAUUUAAUUGCAAUUCAAUGUACAGACCUGGCCAGACCUCCAUCAGCUGCACGUAGAUACGAACCUGUGACUGAAUGACACGUAAAAGGACUCAACUCUAAGCCUUCCAUUGUAGCCUGCACACCCUACUUCGCUUAAGGAUGAAUAAACAACCAAGCAAAGAAAGCUUAAAAGACAAGGUGAAGGGGAUAUUUGGGCUCGGACCCCCACGUCCUCCCAGCAAGCAGAGUGACCACAAACCGUCUGAGUUUAUCAUUACAACUGAAAUCAUCAAGGAGCUCCACCCUGAAUGCGGCCUAAGUAACCGCAUUCGCACAAUGAAUCAUAUUUGUGAGCUUGCCAAAACCAAAAGAUUUGAAGAGCAUGCGGUGGAGGCAGUGUGGAAAUCUGUAGAGGACAUGCUGACACAGGAACAGCCUCCCGAGGCCCGGCAUGCUGUCCUUCAGCUGCUCAGGGCCAUUAUCCAGGGACAGGGUGAGCACCUCGGGGCCCUGAGAGCUUACUUUUUCAAGGUGAUCCAAGACUACCAACCAUGCAACGAAGAUCUUUCCGAUAGACUGGAGGUCUUCAAGGCCUUAACUGAAAACGGGAAGGACAUCACAUACCUUGAGGAGGACAUAGCUCGCUUUGUCCUGUUGUGGAUGGACAUCGGUCUCACCUCUGACUUUCUUCAUGUUCUUGUCAAUCUGGUGAAAUUCAACAGCUGUUACUUGGACCAAAAUGUCUCCAUCAUGGUCCAGAAAAUCUGUUUUCUCUGCACCAGAACGACCUCGUCAACAGAUAUUGAGGUUGCUCUCCAAGUUCUUGAUGCAGUGGUGUGUUACAACUGUCUCCCCUCAGACUCUCUUUGUGUCUUCAUCGUCACACUGUGCCAUACAGUCAAUGUCAAGGAGUUCUGUGAAUCCUGCUGGAAGUUGAUGAGGAAAGUGCUGGGCACUCACCUUGGCCACAGUGCUAUUUACAGAAUGUGCCGCAUAAUGGAAGAAAGGGUGUACAUGGAAGAUGCACCAUUAUUGAGAGGAGCUGUGUUCUUUGUUGGAAUGGCACUGUGGGGAGCACACAGGCUGCCUUCCCUUAAAAACACCCCCACAUUGGUUCUGCCUUCUUUUUACAAGGCCAUGUCGUGUGCCAACGAGGUAGUAUCCUAUGAAAUCGUCCUCUCUAUCACCCGUCUGAUCAAGAAAUACGGCAAGGAGCUGCAAGUUGUUACUUGGGACAUUCUGCUGGGCAUCAUAGAGCGGCUUUUGCAGCAGAUUCAGGCUAUAGGCAGUCCUGAACUGAAGGCCAUCGUAUACGAGCUGUUGACAACAGUAGAAGAGCUUUAUGAGCAGAAUGGUUACCAUGGUUCCACAGAGAAGUUCUUCGCGCUAGUGGAGAAGUGUGCCGACAAAAGACCGGAUGCCUCGGUGCUGACCCUCAUCUCGUACAGGGCCCAGUCCAUUCAGCCCGCCAAGGAUGGCUGGAUUCAGAGCCUUCACCGACUGAUGGAGAAAUUCUUCAGAAAUGAGAGCCGCAGCGUGAUCAGGAUCAAAGUGCUUCACAUCCUGUCUUUUGUUUUAAGCACCAACCGCCAACUGUAUGAGGAUGAGUUGAUAGAAAUGGUAGUGAUCCCUCAGCUUAGUGGAAUCGCUGACGACCGAGACCUGGCCGUACGAAAACAAGCGACCCAGCUUUUGGUGGACUUGGCUGAGGGCUGUAACACUCACCACUUCACUAGCCUGUUGGACAUUAUUGAGCGGGUUGCCAGCCGACCUCUGGUGUGUUCAGGCCCUGUGGAUGUUUCGGAGAGGGAGCACGCAACGGAGUCUCCAAUGGAGGACGUCAAGACUGCGAUAUUGGGACUACUUGAGAUUCUGCAGAGCAAACUUUACAGUCUACCAGCCACCCACGCCACUCGUGUUUAUGAAAUGCUUAUCAGCCACCUGCACCUCCACUACAAGAACAAGUACUGUUCUGCAAUUGCGUCAAGUAUCAGACUGCAGGUCUUUGACUUCUUCUUGAUGAUGCGAGCAGACUCUCUCCAUCGCGUUGGUGUUCCCAACAAAGAUGGUGCCAUGAGGUUCAGCCCUUAUUGCUACUGUGAUAUAGGAGAGCCAGAAAAAAGAGCAAACGAGAAGAAGCCUCCAGGUCCAACGUCCCCCCCUGCCAGCGGCGCUCCUCCUUCCACAGCUCCUCCUCUUCCUGUCACUGCACCGAUACGCUUUGCCUACCUGCCCUACUCACCUGCUUUCAGUGUUCUCCUGCAGUGCCUCAAGAUGGAAACAGAUUGGAAGGUGGUGAAAUUGGUCUUGGAGAAGUUGCCGUGGACGCUGCAGUACAAAGUUCUGCUGCUAACAUCACCUUGCAGCUUAGAUCACCUUUGUUCUACUCUGUGCUGCAUGGUGACAGACCGGCUGAUUUCAGAACGCUUGAAGAAGACCCCAGAGGGAUUUUCAAGAACAGAUGUUCAGCUGGCAGUGGUUCCCGUCUUAACAGCAAUCACCUCCUACCACACCUACCUGGAGCAAUCAAGACAAAGGGAGUUGGUCCAGUGUCUUGAGACGGGCCUCAUUUACCGCUGCGCCAAGCAAUGUGUGGUGGCUCUCACAAUGUGCACGGUGGAGAUGCCUGACAUCAUGAUCAAGCUGCUACCCGCUCUUAUUGUCAAGCUCACCCACAUCUCUGCAACAGUUGCCAUGGCAUCUCCAAUGCUUGAGUUCCUUUCAACUCUGGUGCGCCUACCUCACCUUUACGCCAACUUUGUAGCUGAGCAAUAUGUUAGCGUGUUUGCGAUCUCGCUACCCUACACUAACCCGUCCAAGUUCAACCAGUACAUCGUAUCUCUCGCCCACCAUGUGAUUGCUAUGUGGUUUAUCCGCUGCAGACUUGCCUUCCGUAAAGAUUUUGUUCAGUAUAUCACAAAGGGUUUGCGUUCCAAUGCCCUGCUGCCAUUCGAUGAUGGCCACGAGCAGAGUUCUUUUCGUGCCCGAAGCACAAGCCUCAAUGAAAGACCCAAAAGUCUUCGGGCGGCAAAAGUGGCGAAGGCGGCAGCGGUGGUAGCCAAUAGCAGCAGCUCUCCAGUUAAAGAGCUGAGGGACCUGUCAGCCAUGGAUGCUUUCCGAUCCCGCAGCAUCAGUGUCUCCGAUCAUGCGGUCCGCAGGAUGCAAACGUCCACCACCACCUGCAGUCUGGGAUCCGCUGAUGAAAAUGCAGUAACUCUGGCAGAUGAGGGGCUGAAAACAGUCCACUUGGAACUCACUGAAACAUGUCUGGACAUGAUGGCACGAUAUGUCUUUUCCAAUUUCUCAGCAUUGCCCAAAAGAUCUCCAAUCGCAGAGUUCCUCUUUGCCGGAGGUCGCAGUAUGACUUGGCUGGUGGGCAAUAAGCUGGUGACCAUCACGACCAGCGGAGGGGUUCGCACUCAAGCACUGCUGGGCCUGGACGUGGCUGAUCGACUAGGAGGAGGAGGGGAAAUGACCAGAUCUGAUCCAUCAUUACACACCCGAAUAACUAAAGAGGCACCAGCCAAACUCGAGUCCCAAUCGAAUCAGCAACAAAGCAGAGCCACACGCAUACGGGUCCGCUCCAUGUCAGGUGGUCACGCUCUUCGUUCUGGUCCUGCCCAAAGUCUCAGCCCUCUUGUGUCACCUUCUGAGGGGGAGUUAGCUGCUCAACUGUCACCCUCUUCUGCUCCCACACUGGAUGGUCUCAGUCCUCCCUCCACAUCUGCCACUGCGUCGGCCCCCCCACCACUUAAGGACAAUCGCCACCUGGCUGAGUUUGUCCCCAUGCUCACGCAGGGCUGGGCUGAGAUCCUCAUUCGAAGACCAUCUGGUAACACAAGCUGGUUAAUGUGUCUGGAGAACCCGCCCAGUCCCUUCUCCUCCGAGCUGGGCAACAUGCCCCUGCAGGAGCUUUCGACUGUCCUGAUGGCGAUGGAAGGUGUGAAGGAACCUCCUCCCCAGACUGCCAGUGCUCCAGCUAGCACAGCGACUCCUGCGCCGGCUGAGCCCUCUAGCCAAACGCACAGCAAUGCUGGAGGGAAGCCUCACCUGAUCCAGCGCUCAAACACAGUGAGCGGCUCUCUCUGGUUUCUGGGUCAGGGCUGCGCUCCCCUAGGCCCUCAAGCCCCUAUCAGGUUGUACAGGAGCAUUUCCUGGGCAGACUCGGCAGUGGUGCCGGAAGAAGGCGCAGGCGUGACAACUGCACACACCCCAACCGACUGGCUAGAAAGCGAGGAAUUCGAACCUAUGCCGUCUGAUCCCAUCUUCAUUUCUGCUGAUAAAUUUUCAAAAGCUCCACUGGCCGGAACACUUAGUAGGUCCUCCUCCACCUCUAGUCAAGAGGAUGAAAAGUCCACUUUGGAGGAAGUGAGUGAGGGGGCCAUCCCCAUUGAUCAGCCAACUCAGGGGCUCUCCACCCCUGGCAGCCAGGAACUCCUCUUCCAGGGCACCAACCAAUCCCAGGGUCAUGGACUCAAUAAGUCCAGCUCCUCACCGGAACUUCAGACCUUAUCAGAAGCCUUCUCCAAAGUGACUCUGGAGUCGGAGACCGCGCUAGGAGAUGCAGCCCAGACCAGAGGGCCUUCCGAAGCCAAGGCCCAGCCGCCCGCUGAGCGGGAGAGUGCAGGCGGAGACCUCAAUGGAUUCACAACACAGACGCAAAUGGUGGAAGGCUCCUCCUCAUCAGGGCCUCCUCAAAGUGGAGCGGCAAGAAUGAAGUUGGAGUUUCCACCAAGUGGAGCGCAGCCGGGACCCAUAUCCCCCAGCGGGGGUCACAGACCACGAGGGCACACCAUCUCGGUAUCGGCGCCUUCUUCCAGGAGAGAGAGGAGGACUGAGAGAGAUUCAUACCACAGUCGACCUGGACCCAGCAACACUGAGAAGACGUCUGGGCUGUGCCCGAGCUUUGUGUUCCUCCAGCUGUACCACUCGCCUUUCUUUGGGAAUGAAGCCAACAAGCCGUUGCUGCUGCCCAAAACCCAAGUAAUUGAUCGUGCUGUAAAGGUUCUGGAUCAGAUGCCUCCUUAUGACACUCAUAAGAUUGGAGUGAUCUUCGUUGGAGCGGGUCAGGUUAACAAUGAGGUAGCCAUCCUUUCAAACGAGUAUGGUUCAAACCGCUAUGCUGCCUUCCUGACGGGGCUCGGGAAAUUAAUCCACUUGAAAGACUGCGACCCCGACCAGAUCUUCCUGGGCGGGCUUGAUCAGUAUGGAGAUGAUGGCGAGUUCACGUACUGCUGGCAUGAUGACAUCAUGCAAGCUAUCUUCCAUAUUGCGACACUGAUGCCAAACAGGGAGAGCGACAAGGGCUGCUGCAAUAAGAAGCGCCACAUUGGCAAUGAUUUUGUCAUGGUGGUUUACAACGAUUCUGGUGAAGAGUACAAACUGGGCACCAUAAAGGGUCAGUUUAACUUUGUGGAGGUGAUCAUAAAACCACUGGAUUAUAAAUGUAACCUCGUUUCCCUGCAGUGCCGUAAAGACCUGGAGGGCUUAGUCGAUACGUCUGUGGCAAAAAUAGUCUCUGACAGCAACCUCCCGCUAUUGGUCAGACAGAUGGCUCUGCAUGCCAACAUGGCCUCCUUGGUGCAUCAGUACAGAGCUAACCCUUCAGACGCUUAUGCCUCCAAGUGGCUGGCAAGGUUACGGCACAUCAAGAGGAUCAGGACAAGGGCUCAUGAAGACAUUCAGUCCCGAUCGACUCCUGGCAUCUCGCUGACGCAGGGACAUGCUCAGCAGAACAAGCCUUUUCAGCAGAGCACCGCAGCCGCAAACCCCGAGAGCUCAGGCCAGCGUAAAAGGCUUGUUUCAACGGUCGAUGACUUCACUGAUUUUGUGUGAUGACGCACGCACCCAGCGUCGAGGUGAGGUGAACUGAGUUUCAUCUCAAGCAUGGGGUAGAUUUAGCAUAGACUUGGACUGAAACUGAUUGGGACCCCGUGAGCUUCACAAUCAAAACUUAUUUUCUGAGCUUUGAAGUGGUGAACCUGGCAAAUUCUGCAUAUUUUUUCAAAAAUGUGAACUUACUGACAUUCUGCGCUUAAGCUGGAUGCAGACUUUUGAGUGCAUUAAAAUAUCUGAAAUGCC